GGCUCAGCACCGCGCGGGCAGCGUGCCCGCCCAGCUGCCCCCCAGCCUGGACAUCAAACACGUGAUGGGAUUAUCUGACUUGAGGAAAAAACUGCCAGAAGCUGCAUUUGGGAAAAAAAAUUACACCGGGAACGAAGUCUGCUUUCAGGGGGUUUACUCCAGUCUCUACGAGGUGGAAAUAUCCAAGAAGGAUCAAUCCCGAAUGGAUCAGCUGGUGGAAAAUCUGGUGGAGAAGGACUUGGCAAUCAUCAAAUAUCUGCAGGACCAAGGAGUUCUCAUCCUGCUCACCUCCUCAGCCUUGGCACGGGAGGACGGCCUGGAGCCCAAGGAGCCUGUCAGCCUGCUGGCCCUGUUCCUGUUCCGCUCGCCCCGGGCCCUGAGCCCCCGAGAAGAGGAGUUCUCUGCUCCCGGCUUGGGAUGUUGGCUGGACACGAGGUACACCAACGAUCCCCUGGAGAAAUGCGUCGUCCGCGCCCUGCACGGGCCCUGGGAUCCCGAUCUUCCCGACGAUGUGGAAGGGAUGAAGCUGAUCCUGCACAUGUGGGUGGCUCUGUUCUACAGGAAGCCCAGCAAGCUCCUGAGCAGCUCCAGGAAAGUGGUGGAGCACAGCAAUCCCAGGAAAUUCGUCUCCAUCAGCAGCUCCGGUGGCUUCCUGGAGCUCAGCGACGACAGCCAGGACUGCUUCGGCCUCGAGACGUGUCCUGCGGACUCCGGCUCCGACGCCGAGCAGAUUCCCAGCAGCUCCCUGGAUGCCAGCAGCCCUUCCCAGCCCCAGAAAGGCCCCGCGGAUUCCCGGGCGGACGCGGCCGGAGCCGUGGACAGCACGGUGUCCUCCUCCUCGGGGGAGCUGCCCUGCGGGGACGAGGAGGAGCCUUCCUCCACCAGCUGUCCCGAGAGCCUCUCCCUGCUGGAGGCGUCCAGGGAAGAGCUGGGUGGGGCAGGCAGGGAGCCGGAGGACAUUCCCGAGGAGGACAUUCCCGAGGAGAGCAUUCCCGAGGAGGAGGAGGCCAUUCCCGAGGAGGCCAUUCCCGAGGAGAGUGUUCCCGAGGAGAGCGUUCCCGAGGAGAGCGUUCCCGAGGAGAGCGUUCCCGAGGAGAGCGUUCCCGAGGAGGCCAUUCCCGAGGAGGCCAUUCCCGAGGAGAGCAUUCCUGAGGAGAGCAUUCCUGAGGAGAGCAUUCCCAAGGAGGCCAUUCCCAAGGAGAGCAUUCCCGAGGAGGCCAUUCCUGAGGAGGAGGAGGCCAUUCCCGAGGAGGCCAUUCCUGAGGAGAGCAUUCCCGAGGAGAGCAUUCCCGAGGAGGCCAUUCCCGAGGAGGAGGAGGCCAUUCCCGAGGAGGAGGACGCCAUUCCCGAGGAGGAGGACGCCAUUCCCAAGGAGGCCAUUCCCGAGGAGGACAUGCACAACGUCUCCAGUGUCACCACGGAGGAGCCAGCCCAGGAGGAGCUGGUGGACGCCAGGAUCACCCCCAGCCCUCGCCAGGAGCUCGGCUGUCCCAGCAAAUCCCCGGAUGCGCCGGGCACGGAAAAGUCCGGGAGCCGAGCCCCGAAUUCCAGCACAGCUCCAAGGACAGACCCCCCGAGUGCUCCUCAGGAAAAGGGGGAGCAGCAGCAGCAGGAAAAGCAGCGGGAAGCAGGCUCAGGGAGUGGCCCUGGCCCUCCCGAGGAUGAGGAGGCAACGGGAGGCUCUGGGCAUUCCCUGGAAGUCGAGGAUGGCGCUGAUCCGCAUCCUGCCCGUGAUUCCACGGCCUUGGAAGCAGAUCCUGGAAAUGCAGAGCCUGGGGGAGGUGCUGAGGAAGGGCAGGAAUCCCAGGAGCCCGCGGAGCCCUCGGAAAAGGAGGAGAGGGUGGAGGAGGAGGAGGAGGAGGAGAAGGAAGAGAACGAGGAGUUGGAGGAUGAAAGUCCCUUCGUGGGCCCCGUGGGUUUGGUGCUGUCCGAGAGCAGCGACGCCGAGAUGGAAUGCGAGCAGAAUCCAGGGAAUUCUGCAUCUCCAGAGGAGUUUGGUGCUCCUGAGGAGGACCCCAUGCCCAGCCCCACCUCCCUGGCACCCCCCUGCCCUGACAGAUCCUCCCCAGCACCCUCAGACGGGGCUGGGACCGACCCUGGCUGCUUUCCUGAGGAGAUGUCACCAAACCAGGAGGAGCUCCCAGAUCCCUGGGACGCUCCGGGCACGCCGGAUUCGGAGGCAGACGGGCUUGGAGCGGCCAGUCCGGCCGAGGUGGGGUCACCCCACAGCCACAGCGGGGAGCUGCCAGUGCCCCCUGAGCCCGGCCCCGUGCGCGGGGCGCAGCCCCACAGCGUUACCCACAGCCCGGGGGCCGCUGGAGCCGCGCUGGGGAGCGGCUCGGAGCGCAGGAUCCGGGACCGGGCGGCCUCCGGAGAAAGGUGGGAGCCUGCCGGGAGCCGGGGAAUGAGCCUGGCCCUGUCCCCCGACUCCAGCUCCGCCUGCCCGACCUCUCCCGAUGGCUCCGUGCAUCCGGAGGAUGGGCCCGUGGAGAGCGCCGCCGAUCCCGACCCCGAUUCCCCGGACGCCGAGGAGCCCAACGGAGGCAGGAACGGGGUUUUGCUGGAGGAGCAGCAGGGGAGCCCCUCUGGCAACGGCACGGAGGAGCUGGAUGAUCUCCUGGGAGCAGGAGGUGGCAGGGAUUCCCCCUUUGGCUCCACAGACGUAGGAGAUGACUUCGGAGCUGAGGAGAGCGAGGAUGUGUUCCCUGGGGCAGGGAAUUCCCCUGGGAAUGGCACCACCAACACGGAGAUGCCUCUCCACCAUCGCCUCCUGGAAUCGGAGCCCUCCUCCUCCGUCAGCUCAGUCAUCCAGGAGCUCCCCAGGCAGGAGCGGAGCUUCCCAAACAUCCACGGGGACUCGGCUCCAGCUUCUCCCGCCGCCGGACACUCCGACCCCGGCGUUCCCGCCGUGCCUGGCCGGCGCAGGUCGGUGCUGUGCCGCCUCUGGAGGCCGUGCCGGGAGGCGAGCGUGGCCGCCUGGAGCCCGCGUGGCUCCUUCCAUCCCAGCUGUUCCCAGGAGCUGCUGGAGCCCCGGGCUCCCGGCUCCCCCGUGGAGGUGGCAGCACAGCCGGGAUCUGCUCCUCCUUCUCCCUGCGAGCCGUGGGACCAUCCGGAGGCUCCGGAGCCGGGCUCGGAGGCGCUCCCCGGGAUGCUCCCUCCCACUCCGGACAGUGCCCAGUGGGCCGGGAGCCCUGCCUGGGAGUGCCCCCUGUGCGAGCCCUGGGACGUGUGUGAGCACAGCCCCCAGGGCUCCCAGGCGUUCGAUCCCGACUGCGCCGAGGUGGGACAGGGAGAGAUUCCCGCUUCUCCCGUCCCGUGGGACGAGCCCAGGGAUCUCUCUGGAGAAAACCUGGAGGAUAUUCUGGAUCUGCUCCCAAGCGAAGAGCAGCUCCCAAGCCAAGACACACACGAGGACUUGGCCUUUGAAGAUCCAUUGGAGAAUUCCUUUGGUGGCUCAGAGCAGGAAUAUUUUGAGGGGAAUUCUCACUCCCCUCUUCCCGGCACCUGCAUCAUGAGACCCGUGGAUGCUGCAGGAGCAAGGACUCCCCGGGACAUCUCCUCCAGGAGCUCCGUGCGCGCGGCGCGGCGCGGGGAGGCCGGGGCCUGGCCCGUGCCCGGGCAUUGCGGGAGCUCGGUGGUCACCGGGCAGUGCCAGGAGAGGGUGGAACCCUCCCAACUUCCCAGGAGGCACGGCCGCCGCGCCCAGGAGUCUCACCUGGCCCGCGCCCUGACGGCGACCUGGAGGGACUUCGAGGAGAUCACCCAGAACACUUUGGACAUGGAGUGCCUCCGCUUCCACUAUAAGCUAAAAGAAAUCCUAAGGAAGGGCAGAGCCCCCUUUUCUACCUCCCAAAGCAUCUUCCCAGCGGCCUCCUCCCCGCGCAGCAGGAGCCCCUUGCAGGUGACCGUUCCGUCCUCGGCCGCGUGGCACCACGGGGACGCCGGGCGGCGCCGGGCCGGCAGCCGGGAGCGCGCGGCUCCGGCGCGCCUGGGCAAGCCGCGGUACGAGCGCGCCCCGCCGGAGCCGCGCGGGGCCGUGGCCGGCAUCCUGGAGGAGUUCUCCGAGUUCCAGAGGCUGCUGCCGCUGCGCGGGGCCCUGCGCUGCCACCUGCGCCGCGUGGCCGCCGGCGGGCGGCCCGGGAUGUUCUACCUGCUGGAGACCGGGAAGGAGCCCUUCUUCGACAGGGCCAAGGCCCUGCUGAAGGCUCAGGGGUUCGUGAGGACGGAGCCCCCGGAUUUCGGCGGGCACCGGGGCGGCGAGCGGCUGCUGGUGAUCGUCAGGAACGAGGACAUCGCCUCCCACAUCCACACGGUGCCGUGCCUGCUGGAGCUGAAGCGCUGUCCCAGCGUGGUGUUCGCCGGCGUGGACGACCCCGAGGAGGUGACGGCCGACACCUUCCAGGAGCUCUUCCAGGCUGGAGGAUUCGUGGUGUCCGACGAGGAGCUGCUGGAAAGGGUCACCUUGGGCCAGCUGAAGGAGGUGGUGAAGGUGCUGGAGAAGCUCAACAGGAGCGGGAGGUGGAAGUGGCUCCUGCACCACAGCGAGAGCAAGAAGCUCAGAGGAGACCUCAGCAGGGACGCCGGCAGCGCCCAGAAGAAGCGGCUGCUGCUGCGCUGGUGCCAGGGGGCAGAGCUGCUGGAGCCGCUGCCCUUCCACGGCUGCGACGCCGCGGGCCGGCGCGCGCAGGGCCCGCCGCAGCUGCAGGCGCAGUGCCUGCUGCAGCUGCAGGCGCAGCGCGUCCGCGCCCGCUUCGCCGUGUACCUCACAGGAUCGUUCCUGAAGCGGCAGCUGGGGAGGAGGAGGAGCCGCGAGCCGCGGCUGGAGGAAGGAGGGGAGCCCCGGGCGGGCUGGGCCCGGCUCUGGAGCGCCGUAGGAGCAGAGCCCAGUUCCUGA